AUGGCUCUUUGCCGCAAAUUUUUCUACCGGAAGCCGCCGGAAGGGCUCUUGGAGAUCUCAGAAAGGGUUUAUGUGUUUGAUUGCUGCUUCACUACGACUCAAUUGGGUGGUGACGAGUAUGAGGUGUAUAUAGGGGAUAUCGUGGAUCAGCUCCGCGAAUACUUCCCGGAUUCUUCGUUCAUAGUGUUUAGUUUCGGAGAUGGGGAUUACCAGAGAGAUAUCGCUACUAUUCUAGAUAAGCAUGGCAUAACAGUGGUUGAUUACCCCAGCCAGAAUGAGAGCUGCCCGGUGCUCACGGUGGAGAUGAUCCACCACUUCCUUAGGUCGAGUGAGAGCUGGCUCUGCAUCGGGCAGAGGAACGUGCUCUUGAUGCAUUGCCAGAAUGGCUCCUACCCUGUCCUCGCCUUCAUGCUGUCAGCAUUCUUGAUAUAUAGGAAGCAAUACUGUGGGGAGAGGAAAACUCUGGAUAUGGUGUACAAGCAAGCUCCUCCUGAGGCUAUGCAUUCGCUCUCGCCUAUAGACCCAUUGCCUUCACAGUUGAGGUAUCUGCAGUAUGUGUCGAGGAGGAACAUAGGGUCCCCUUGGCCUCCCUUGGACAGGGCUCUGACGUUGGAUUGUGUCAUUCUUCGAGCUAUCCCCAAUAUGGAUGGAAAGGGGGGUUGUCGUCCCAUAUUUAGGGUAUAUGGACCCGAUCCGUUGAUGGCUGCUGAUCCAAAAACUAAACUGCUCUUCUCUAUGUCAAAAACAAACAGAUCUGCGAUUUACUUUAGACAGGCAGACUAUGAAAUUGUUAAACUUGAUAUCAAUUGCCAUGUACAAGGUGACGUUGUGCUCGAGUGCAUAACUCUGGAUGAUAGCCUAGAAUACGAAGAGAUCAUGUUCCGUGCGAUGUUCAAUACAGCGUUUAUCAGAUCAAACGUACUGAUGCUUACCUGUGACGAACUUGAUGCAGUGUGGGACGCCAAGGACCACUUUCCCGGGAACUUCAGAGUCGAGGUUAUUUUCUCUGACAUGGACUCCACUUCUUCGAUUGUGAUGCUGGACUCACCGCCUAGCCAAGAGAUUGAAGGUCUUCCCAUUGAGGCGUUUUCUCAGGUUCACGACAUAUUCAACGACCUCGACUGGGGAGACACUGAGAUAGACAAUGCAAUUAACAUAAUCCAACAAAUGACUGUCUCUAGUAUUCUUGAAGAGAAACUCGAUUUUACUAAAAAGGAGAGCUGGCAGAAUCCUGCUCUGAUUGAGAAAGAUGAACAUGUGGAGGAUUUGAAGGUUACUUCUUCCGGUGAUUUUCAUGCAUUGGUUGAAAAUGAGACAAGUUAUCCACCAGCCUCUUCAAAGUCGUCCUUUGAUUUCGAUAAUUUUUAUACCAACAACACUGGACUGCGUGUUUCUGUUCAGAGACCUGCUCAGUCCAAAAUCAUAUCACCGCGAUUAUCCCAAGCAUCACCGUUUAGUCAACCUGCGUUUGCUAGUUCUCCUCAAGGCUCGUUGGGACGUCUCACAAGGUACAGUAGUGCACCAGUUGGGAUUACAGCUCUGCUUGAAGACGAUGAUGAGAUGGAAUCUCUUCUGUCAGCAGUCACUCCGAGUUCAAUGAAAUCGGGAUUAGGAGCUGUUGCUUCUGCUCCUCCUCCUCCUCCGCCACCACCAUUGCAUUCUAGUCCUGACUUAUCUCCUUCCACACCGCCUCCUCCCCCACCGCCUCCUAGUAUAGGAUCAACAGAGCCUCCACAUUUACCAUCAGCACCUUGUCCUCCCCCUCCACCCCUACCCUCAUCUCCUAAAACCAUCCCUCCUCCAACAGGGUCAACCCCACCUCCGCCACCAGGUAGGUUUGUUCCACCUCCGCCCGCUCCAUCAAAACCUGGUGCCUCUUCUAUGCUGCUUUCAUCUGCCACUGCUGUAGUGGGUGGAAAGAAGCUGCUAAGGGCCGGUGUAAAAGCUAAAAAGGCAUCCCUCAAACCGUAUCACUGGUUGAAGCUAACAAGGGCUAUGCAGGGCAGCCUAUGGGCUGAGACACAAAAACCCGAGGAGGCAUCAAAAGCUCCUGAGUUAGACUUGGGUGAACUCGAGAGUCUUUUCUCAGCUACUGUUCCAAAUUCAGAUCCUCGGAAAACAUACAUGCAUGGCUCAACAGUCAAAUCAGAUAAAGUCCAUCUGAUUGAGUUCCGAAGGGCAAACAACUGUGAAAUCAUGCUGACAAAAGUUAAAAUUCCUGUGUCUGAUUUGAUGAAAUCAGCCCUUGCUUUAGAUGACUCAGCACUGGAUGGUGAUCAAGUUGAAAAUAUCAUUAAAUUUUGUCCAACCAAGGAAGAAAUGGAACUCCUCAAGAACUACAAAGGUGACUUCGAGAACCUUGGCAAGUGCGAGCAGUUUUUCAUUGAGCUGAUGAAAGUUCCACGCGUUGAGGCCAAGCUAAGAGUUUUCUCAAUUAAAAUUCAAUUUUGCUCCCAGAUAUCAGAUUUGAGACAGAGCUUAAACGUCGUGAAUUCUAUAUCUGAAGAGGUCAGGAAUUCUGUGAAAUUUAAAAGGAUCAUGCAAACUAUUCUUUCACUCGGUAAUGCAUUAAACCAGGGAACUGCCCGAGGUUCUGCAGUUGGAUUCCGAUUGGACAGCCUCCCAAAACUCGCUGAAACAAGAGCUAGAAAUAACAAGCUGACACUUAUUCAUUAUCUGUGUAAGGUGCUAGCCGAAAAGUUGCCAGAAGUGUUAGAUUUUCAUGAAGAUUUAGUCAAUUUAGAGGCUGCAACAAAGAUUCAACUCAAGUACUUAGCAGAGGAAAUGCAAGCCAUUACCAAAGGGAUUGAAAAAGUUGUACAAGAGCUUAUUGCUUCUGAAAAUGAUGGAGCUGUAUCAGAGACCUUCUGCACGAUUUUGAAAAACUUUUUGGGCACUGCUGAAGCGGAAGUAAGAUCCCUGGCUGCACUUUAUUCCGGAGUGGGAAGGAAUGCAGAUUCAUUGGCUCAUUAUUUUGGAGAAGAUCCUGCACGUUGCCCAUUCGAGCAAGUUGUGUCAACUUUACUCAACUUUGUGAGGAUGUUUCGAAAGGCUCACGAGGAGAACUGCAAGCAAUUGGAGCUUGAGAAUAAGAAGAAGACGCAGGAGGAAACGGAGAAUCAGAAGCUCAAAGAAAAUGCGUCAAGCAAGGAGCUGGACGAUGAGAAUGGUAUUGCAACUGCAGAAAAACUGUCUGGACUUCUAUAAGCCUCAGCUGUAAGAAAAUCGGCCGAUCAACAGGGCCCGGGAGACUGUCUAAAGCGAUCUUCACCUGUUAUUCCCCUGUAAAUAACAAGAAUCCAUAUUUAUUUAGUCCACUUUUGAUGCAGAAAGGUUGAGAAA